AUGGCACGCCCUUUUUUGGAGGAUGUACUGGAUGAGGAAGCGCUCAUCAUCAGACGAGCCUUUGGACGUGAAAGAGUUUUCAGGGACAGGUCAGACCCAUUGGUGUUUGGAGAUGACUAUCUCAUUGAGAGAUACAGAUUUUGUAGUGAUGGACUGAAGUACCUAUGUAGGCUCCUCGGUCCUGAAAUACAGCACCAGACUGUAUUUAGCCAUGCCCUAACUGUACCAUGGAUGGUCUCUGUAACAGUGAGGUUCCUUGCAAGUGGAAGCUUCCUGUAUUCUGUUGGGGAUGCAGAGAACCUCAAUAAAGGUACCAUUCACCUCGCAGUAAGACGUGUUUGCCUGGCCCUGAAGUCACUCAUCCACAUCUUCAUCACCUUCCCUGGCCACAGAAGACUUCUCUACAUCAAGGAGGACUUCUACAAGAUUGCAGCUUUCCCUAAGGUGAUUGGUGCAGUGGACUGCACCCACAUUAGAAUUCAACGUCCCUCAGGGGAACAUGAGGGAGAUUAUGUCAACAGAAAAUCUUUCCACAGCAUCAGUGUUCAGAUGAUCUGUGAUGCUAACUGCCUUGUGAGCGAUCUAGAGGCAAAGUGGCCUGAAUCAGUCCACGACUCCAGAGUCUUCAGGGCUAAGAAAUUAUGCAUUUUAUUAUUAGGUGAAUUCUCUGGAGUGCUGCUGGGAGACAAAGGCUACACCUGCGAGUCAUUUCUCCUGACUCCCCUUGCUGACCCCCAAACCCCACAGCAGGCCUACAACAAUGCACACAGCAAGACAAGGGCUAGCACUGAGAUGACCUUCGGCCUUCUGAAAUCACGUAUGAGUUACGCUUAUGGUGGCGGAGGCGGGAGAAGAGGCAGACGAGGACACAGGGAUGGAAGCAGAGAAAGAAGGAAGAGAGUCGGUAGAGAAGGCUGGAGAAAUGACAGCUCCGACUUUGACCCAGACCAAGGAGGACCUCCACACCUGAAAGGCCAGGAGAUUGGGCUAUGUGCCUCACUCUCCGCUCACCAGCAGCUCGACUCCAGCACUCUCACCCACGAAGAUUUCCCCUCACGCUCCGGACACUUGGAUCCCCCCCCCUUUUCCUGCGCACAAUAA